ACAUCAUGACAAUUGCCAUCACAAUUUGCUUUUGCAGGCCAAAUUUUCUUCUUUUUGCUUUAAUUUGUUCUGAAAGCUUUAGCAAUGGAUCAUCACCAAACCAUGGCUUCCGUUCUCUUGAUCUUUCUUGUUUCAGCUCAUCAAGUCUUUGCAGCUACAUUACACCCUGCAGCUUCACCACACAAUGCACCAACCACAACCGACUUAAUCUCUAAAACAUGUGCAGCUGUCCCAUUCAAAGAUCUCUGCAUCAAAACCCUCAGCGCAGACCCUGACAGCGUAGAAGCUGACUUAGCCGGUCUUGCUUCAAUUGCAAUCAAGGUUGCCAUGCAAAAUGGAACUGACACAUACAACUACGUUGACCAAUUGCAAAAGAAGGCACAAUACCAGCCAUUCACACAACAAUGCUUGUCCGACUGUUCUGAGCAUUACAUGGAUGCAGUUGAUCAGUUGGAAGACUCACUUGCUGCCAUUGAUGCUCAGGGUUUCAACGACGUGGCUACAUGGGUGCAGGCAGCUAUGACUGAUGCUGAAUCGUGUGAGGACGGAUUUAAGGAUGGUUCUGGUCCAUCCUUGCUGACUGACAGAUAUGCCGUCUUCAAUCAAUUAUGCAGCAAUGCUCUGUCCAUCGCCAACAUGUUGGCUAAAGCUUGAGUGAUUCUCUGCCUUGUUCAGUAAUUGGUCUUGCUGCUAUAUAUAAUAUGAGUGAUGAUAUGAAAUGAACUAACUAACUUGUCGGAUUUAAUAUAAUUCAAUUUGAUCUGUACACUCUUCUGCAGUCAUUGUUUCUUUUCUUCUUCUUUUCAA